AUGGCUGAUGGACCUAUUGAAGAAAAAGUUGUGUGUGGUAGUGGAUUAAUUCACACGUUUUGUGCUUUUCGUUCCGAUCAAGAAUUUAAUGACGACGGCUUUUUUACUUAUUCAAGUACCGAGCAGAAGCGUGUAGAAGACCUUGUUAAAGAUGAAUACAUUUCAUUCGUUAAUGGAUUUAUGGACGAUGUUGAUGAUGGAUUGCCAUAUUCACCAACGCUCUAUCGUAAUUUACAUAUUCAGUAUUUGUGCAAUUCGCUGAAGGAGCUGGGAAAAUCUUACUCGAAUCUUUGCUCUUCAAGGACGUGGUUAUGUUACUGGGGUGUACAUAGUCUGCGCAUUCUUGAAGCUAAUAUCGACAGCCAACUAUUAUCAAAUAUUGUUCGAUUUAUUAAAACGUGUGAAUGGAAAGAUGGCGGAUAUGGAGUAGUUAUACCAAUUUUACAGCUCAAUUUUUUUGAAGGUGGACCGGGUCAAUAUCCACAUCUCGCUACUACUUACGCUGCGGUAAUGGCACUUGUUAGCAUCGGAACUGAUGAGGCUUUGAAAAGUAUAAAUAGGAAAACCCUGUAUAAUUUUUUGUUAUCUGUAAAAAAAGAAAAUGGAAGUUUUGAAGUACAUCGUGGUGGAGAAAUUGAUGUAAGAGGAUCUUAUUGUGCUUUAUCAGUUGCAUCAAUUACAAACAUUCUUGAUGAUAUACUGGUUGAAAAUACAGCCAGUUGGGUUAUAAGCUGUCAAACAUAUGAAGGUGGUUUCGGGUCAUCAAGAUGUUGCGAAGCGCAUGGUGGGUAUACUUUUUGCGGUGUUGCAUCACUGUUGCUAUUAGAUAAAGCAGUCUUAAUCCAUACUAGUUCAUUAUUUAAGUGGUUAUCUCAAAAACAGAUGAAGUAUGAAGGUGGAUUCCAGGGCCGUUCGAACAAAUUGGUUGAUGGUUGCUAUAGCUUUUGGCAGGGAGCAGUUUUUCCCAUGCUUGAAUUUGCAAUGAAUAAAUCAUCUAUUUUGGAUGGAUCCUUUGACGCUAAAGCUCUGCAAGAGUUUAUUCUUAUUUCCUGCCAAGAUAGUAGAGGUGGAUUGCGGGAUAAACCGGACAAGCCUCGAGAUUUAUAUCAUACAUGUUAUACACUAAGUGGAUUGUCUAUUGCACAACAAUAUACGCGGAACGAUAUUGUGGGCGGUGUGCAAAAUUUGGUCGCAGAAAUAUCGCCAGUCUAUAACGUUUGUGAAAAGUACGAGAAACAAGCUCGAGAGUAUUUUUCUCGUCUUCAAACUCUUUAA